AUGCAGCCUACUUUCUCCGCUGUUUUUCUCGUAGCAUUGUAUUUGCUUCUGCACUCCAGCGAAGCAUACGUCCCAAGAAACACUAACUCGAGUGAAUUUGGCUUCAGACCAGACAACGCGCGCUUCCCGCUGCCACCUGAUUAUCGACAAGAUACGACAGACAAUGAUCACUAUCACGUAUACAACUAUGGCCGCCCAAUACCGUACGAAGAGCUCCUUCUAGCCAUCACAAGUGCACAAACAUGGAUGUUUGAGCAGCUAGUGGAAGAUGUGCUUAACCAAAAACCCGCCCUGGACGAACCCAUCGACGUUCUCCCUAUCAAGAGAGAAGGCUACGCAUACGUGAAUAGAGGAGUGGAGUUUCAUCUGUCCCCAGCCAUAAUUCGCAUGGACUAUCAAGAAUUCAAAGUCUUGAUGACGGGAUUCGCUAAGCUUGCUGCACAAUUUCAGAUACAGGAAUUCAUGUUUGCGUUUUAUGACUACGAUGUGGAACAACACAAAGAGGAUCCUGAAGACUUGAUAGCAACAGGUUAUCUGAGGAUUGUUGGUGCUACGGGUGGCGCUAUUGUUGCAUAG